UCGAGACAUUCAGUUACUGUCAUUUUUCAAUUAUGUUUAUGUCAGAUCUGUGAUUUUGUGAAACCUUUAUUGAUCAAACGGAAACAUUAAAACUGGAAGAACAGCAUUCGAGACGUUUUCCCAGGACGAUGGAUGCGGCAAGUCGGAUUCGAUUCAAUAUCGUUAGAGAGAUUAUGAGAGAAUGUUUUCCGAGGAAAUUGAAACCAAACGAGCAUUUCGUCGGUUAUUUUGUGAAAUUAUUGUUGAUGGAUCCGAAUUGGGGCAUAACAGAGAACCUGAUGAAUAGCAGAUCAAACGUACAAAAGUUCGUUCAAUUUGUCAUAAGCCAGCUAGAAAUGCAAAACACUCUCCAUAUAAUCACUUUGAAAAUGCAAUUCUAUUUCAAUUGUACUUUGGAGCACAUGGACACGGUAAUCUUCAACCAUAGACAAGAAACGCUGCGCAGGCUUCUGGCACUCAAAGAAGAGAUCUGCAAGGCCACUUUAAGAGAAAAUCCGGACGUUUUGAGAAAGAAGAUGGCGAUCUAUGUGACUUUCGUUUCCGGUUUGGGGAAUCCCAUGAUAGAUAUGGUAUAUGAAGAGGCUUUCUUCGCAAUAAAAAGUAUUAUGAACGAAGAAGAAGCUAAAGAGUUCAUAUUGGCUCCGAGGAAUGUGAAAGAGAGCCAACUAGAAUUAAUGAACAAAAUAGUGUGUGGUAUAAGGUUAUUCAACAAGGAUUCCGAUAAGGGAGGAGCAGGAGUCCCUAAUUUGCCUGACUUGCUGGAUAGAGCGGUCACAGUUGUCAAAAAAGAAGCUCAGUUCGCACUAUUGAAAAUUAUGGAGACCGUGAAUUUGCUGACGACCGCCAUCGACAAAUGUUACGUUAUGAUAGAAACCGAGGAUCAGAACUAUACGAUGGUGAGCCAGAUACCAUCGAAUCUGUUCGGGCAACGGUUGGACCAGAGCAAAGAUAUCUUGAUUUUGUACAGACAAUAUGAGUUGUGCGUUAGGAAAAUUAUGGAAGAACUAGAUAAACUUGAGGAACGUGCUUCGAAUCUUUAUGGAGACCUCGAUAACUUGCUUAGAAAAAUUCACAGAACUGUCCAUAUGAGAAUCGCAGUUCCCGUUAGCAUCAUUUUUCCAUUAUUCGAAGAAUUGUCGGACUUGUGGGUCAAUAUGCAAAAUCAAGUAAUACUAAUGUCUAAACUGCAUGACAUCAUGAUCAGCUUAGAGGUGUACACUAAAAAUCUGGAGUACAACAAAGAAUGGCUGGAAUCCGUCCUAGAUAACCAGCCGGCCGUCACAGAUGCCGAAAGGCUAGAAAAAACCGCCAAUUGUUCUCUCAAGUCCACCAAUGAAGAAGUACAAGUUUUUCGCAUCGAGAACUUUCAAAACAUCGACAAGGUUCGAUUGCAGUUUCUGGGCUUCUGCUGCUGGAAAUUUGUCGAAACUGACGGGGGUCUGAUUCCUGGAAACCCAAGUAUGGGCAUCGUGAAAUAUAAAAACUUGAAUUAUGUUUUUUCCACUCCAGAAGCAUGUGAGAGUUUCUCGAAGAAUCCUGAUCGGCGUGUCCCGCGUGUCAUAGAACUCAUAGAAGUCAUAGACCACGAUCCCGUCGAUCACAGAGCACUUAAUUUUCAGAUCUGUCAAAUCUGUCGAAAACCGGUGACGCUAAAAGAAAAACAAAUCCACAGCGAAUAUGUCCAAACGCCAGACGGUGUCGACUCAGACCAUGAAAUCCGACUGCAGAAACACAAUGGCGACUCAAACCUACCCACAACAGACAACAUCCACGCAAACCAAACGGGAUUGUUACACAAACAUCCCCAAGCCUUCUACUUUCAUAUUCGGGCUAAGGGGGAGGAAAGACGACAGUAG